AAUGAGUAUUUGUAGGAGGCAUUCUAACCAGAGGAGAAGAACAAGCCCACCAUCCAGAGAGAGAGGAAAAGAACAGAAGAGUUUUUCUUUCUUCUCCAAGAUAAUGACGGAUUCUUGCGAGAAUCUUCCGUCUUCUGCGAAAAUCUCUAAUCUGAAUUGCAUCGACCUUUCCAAUCCUGACAACAAAGCCUCCGCUUCUCUGCUCAAACAGGCUUGCACGGAGUCAGGAUUUUUCUAUGUGAUAAAUCAUGGAAUCAGCCAGGAGUUCAUGGAUGAGGUGUUUGAGCAAAGCAAAAAGUUGUUUGAGUUGCCAUUGAAGGAGAAAAUGAAGCUCCUUAGAAACGAAAAACACCGGGGCUACACGCCUAUGUUGGACGAACACUUGGACACUGUUAAUCAAAUUCACGGGGAUUACAAGGAGGGGUAUUAUAUAGGUAUUGAACUACCCAAAGAUGACCCUGAAGCGGAAAGACCAUUUUAUGGACCAAACAAAUGGCCUGCUGAAGAUAUCUUGCCUGGAUGGAGAGGCACUAUGGAGAAGUAUCACCAAGAGGCACUUAAGGUGGCAUUAGAGAUAGCGAAGAUCAUAGCUCUUGCACUAGACAUGGAUGUUGAUUUUUUUCUGCAGCCAGAAUAUCUUGGCAAACCUAUAGCCACUCUUCGCCUGCUACAUUAUGAAGGUAAAUAUUCUGACCCUGCUAAGGGAAUUUUCGGAGCUGGUGCACAUAGUGAUUAUGGUUUUAUCACACUUUUAGCAACAGAUGAAAAUUAUGGUCUUCAGAAAUUAGUUCCAAUGCACACGGAAUGUAAUUGGUGGUCUUGAGUUCAAGCCCCAAAGAUCUGCAAGGAUAGGGAAGCUAUUCCUCAGGUAUGGGAGUAUGUAUUGCCAUUGAAAGGGUAAGGAACCAUCUUAAGAUAUGGCUCGUAUGAAAAGAACCAAAGAAACAAAAACAUAUUCACUUCUUUCACAAGCAGUAUUUUUGGUAAAGUAUGCAUUAAGUCUACAUAGUAUUAUUAGUCUUUUCUUUGGGGUUAUGUAUUGUCCUGUUAAAAUAUUACAUAAAAUAACAUGUCAAACCUCUUAAAAUAUAGCUAUUGACUGUUCUAGAGACCUUUUACAUUUUUUAAAUUUGCUUUCUACUGACAGUGGAUUCAUAGUGAAUAUUGGUGAUAUGUUGGAGCGGUGGAGCAACCUUAAAUUUAGGUAAUUUAAAGUUUUUAUUCAUAUAACCUAGGUAGUCUUCACACCCCAUGCGGGCACCUCAUCAAUUGGUUCUCGGAUGGACAAAUACAAGGGUAUAUGGAGGGUUGAACUUUGAUAACCGUUAUACCGGAGUUACACCCCAUGAGAUGGGCUCAUUGUGGACACAUACACUCCUUAUCACAUAAGGGACUGCUGAGUCACCAUGAUUUAACCCUCCCCUCCUUUGUUGGGCCAGGGUGUGAAGGCCUUGGGGCAUGGGAUCUGCCUUGUAAGUGUAUCAACACUUUUGUGUGGCUGUGCGUACUUCUAUAUGCAUGUGUAUACAUACUCCAGUGAACUGUUAUUUAGUUAAAUACUGCACACCUCUCAUUUGAAUACGAUCUCUUUUGAAGUGUAAAAACAUAUUGUAAUUUUUCAAAAAAGUUGGUUGUUGCCAUAAUUUGCAUGUUACUUGCAAAUCCCAAAUCUCUCUAUGUUUGCUGAUUUUUUCCAGAUCAACUUUGCAUCGUGUACUUGGAAAUGGUCAAGAAAGAUAUUCAGUAAGUCUUUCAUUUGGUUAACAUACUAUUCACUGUCUUCUAGUGUUUGCUAGGGCCCAGGGUCAUCUCGGAGACUGCCUCUUUACUCCUAUGAGUAAACUAGUAGAGGUAAC